UUGGGUAAUAAGAUUUUUAGAGGGAAGAAAGAGCAGGAAUUGUACGAUAAGACGUUUGCGGGUAGAUACCAAAAGGCGUUCAGGAGGAACCACUUUGUAUAUUUUGGAUUACCGUUUAUGUUAUCAAUUGUUGCCGGAUCAAUCUACUUACAAAAAUUUACAUCAACGAAAUGGGAAGCUUACGAUGAGAAAUACAGACAGAUCAACGAAGAAGAGAUGUUGAAAAUGGUGGAAAAUAAACGACAAGUUGAUAAGAAGAAUGAUUACUAUAGGUUACAGGGCCUUCUCAACGACCAUUUAAGUAGCGAGGUGAAAUCCAAUGACGAUUACGAAAUAGUAAGAGUUCAAAGAAAGAAGGAGGAUGAACCAGUUUGGUGAUUUUUUAGGUGUAUAAAGUUUUGAUGCUCAUCGCAUUUUUUUUUGUAAGGAUAAUACUGCUUCUUUAACAGAAUGGUUUCGUUUUCAUGUGAAGUGUGUAAUGACACUAUUCAAAAGAAGAAAUUAGACCAACAUAAACAACGUUGUUAUGGUGCUUACUAUACGUGUAUUGAUUGUUCGACAACAUUCCAAAAUAAUGAUUAUAAAGCUCACACUUCGUGUAUGACUGAAGCAGAAAAAUAUGAAAAAAAUUUUAGAGCCAAAGCUAGAAGGGCUCCGGUGAUUGACAAGAAACCAAAGGAAAAGGAACCAAAGAAACCAAAGGAAAACGAACCAAAGGAACCAAAGGAAAAGGAACCAAAGGAACCAAAGGAAAAGGAACCAAAGGAACCAAAGGAAAAGAAACCAAAGGAACCAAAGGAAAAGAAACCAAAAGAAAACCUUUUACUCAAUCAUUUUGACGCCAAUUUAUACAAGGCUAUUAAGAAAAUUUCUAAAAGUUCUAAAAAAGAUAAAAAACAAAUCAUGAAAGAAUUAAAAUUAUCUAAAAAUGAGAAAAACGAAAUAAUAAUUAGUUUAUAA